AUGUUUGACCGACAAGCACUGUUCGUAUUUAUAACUUUUUGGUGCGGAACAGUUCACGCUAACUCUGCUCUAUUUAAUCCGUGUAUAUCCCGGCAAGAAUUAUCCCUAGAUGAAGCCGCUCAGGUACUGGAUCACUGGCCUUCUAAAGAAAAUUUAUCCAGCAUUGAUCGGAACUACAAGUGCUUUCUCACAUGUGUGUUAUUAGACCUGGAGCUAAUUAGUGCAAAUGGGGAGGUGCAGAUCGAUAAGUAUACAAAGCUCGGAGUUAUAGACUGGAGAUGGGUGGCCACCGAGUUGGUUUCGUGUCGAGCUAAGUAUGUGGACGAAAAGGAUCUGUGUGAGCUGGCUUUUGGCCUUUUUAACUGUUUUAGGGAAUUGAAACUAUCAGCUGAGAAAAAACCUUUAAAGUGAUUACAAAACUGUUUAAGCUAACUAAAAUGUUCCUUGUUAAAAAUUAUUACUCAACAAUGCUUAAUAACCGCUUUGUUUGCAACC